GCCGACUCUUUAACGCUCUCGUCUUCUUCCGACAGCUUAACAGAAAACCCCCGACAAAAUCUCUCUCCCCACACAUGACCCGUCCUUUCAGGUUCCUCGGCGACGGGGGCUCGCCUCCGGCCGCUUCCGACGCCACUUCCAACGGUGGCAGCGCCGACGGUGGCAGCCCCGCCGGCUCCGACUUCGUCCUGAUCCUGGCCGCCCUGCUCUGCGCCCUCAUAUGCGUGCUCGGCCUCGUCGCAGUGGCUCGCUGCGCCUGCCUCCGCCGCCCCUCGCAGGCGAACCCGGCCGACCCGAAGGCCAACAGGGGCCUCAAGAAGAAGAUCCUCCGAUCGCUCCCGAAGCUCACGAUCGCGCCGGAAUCCGCCGCCGGGUUCUCCGACUGCGCCAUCUGCCUGGGCGAGCUCGCCGUGGGCGACGAGAUCCGGGUGCUGCCGCAGUGCGGCCACGCCUUCCACGUGACGUGCGUCGACACCUGGCUCCGAUCUCACUCCUCCUGCCCUUCCUGCCGCCAGAUUCUUGCUGCUCCCGCCGCUGCCAGGCGGUGUGAGAAGUGCGGCAGCGUUCCGGCGGCGAGCUCCAGCGGCGGUGGCGGAGCUGAGGCGGGGGACCCCGUGGACGAGGCAAGGCUGAAGCGCACAGAAGACGACGCCAACAGGUUCUUGCCCUAGCCAUCAUCCCCUCUAUGGCCAUCAUCCCCGCAGAUUUACCUUCAAUUUCUUCACUUCACAAGGGAAAUUUGGAGUUUAAUUUUCAAUUAUAAUUUUUUUUUUGUUUUUCUUUCCCGUAUAUAUUUCUUGAUUUCAAUUUGGGAAUUCUUGUAAAUAUAAUAUAUAUAUAGCAUAGUAUGUGUAAGGAGGAAGGAAAAUUGAUUAAUUCAGACAAAAAUUGUCCUUUUUUUUUUACUGGGUUUUCUUUAGCAGUGAAAUUGCGGGCAGUCUCAUAGUAGCCUGUGGAAUGUU